CCAAAUGUAUACUCCUAAUUAUACAGUGUACAGUGUUUAAUAUAUUUAAAUAUAAACUUGUGUGACCUUGCUGUUUACGUGACCCGUUUCCAGCUGGUAAUAGUGCAACAAGCUAGUGGAUGCUUAAUACCCAUUCCAAGGGUUAAGUUUACAUAAAAUCCGGCUAAGCGAACUGGGUAAAACUCAUUAUGAGCGGAUGGCUUUCGCAGUUCAGGUGGGUCGUUAAAGGACAAGGUCUUUCGAUGAAGAUCUGAAAUCCGCUCUUAGUGGGCCCUGAUUGCUGUAUUGUGCUGCUAUAUUUUGACUUAAGAUGAUCCGCGUGGCGUUGGUCGACCUCAGCGGGACAUUGCACGUUGGAGACAAUGUUACACGUGACGCACCAGGAGCUCUCAAACGGCUUCGAGAUGCUGGUGUAAAAGUGCGGUUCGUAACAAACACGACAAAAGAAUCAUCAACAAAGCUUCAUUCACGUCUCCUAUCACUGGGAUUCGACAUCGAUCGUAACGAAAUAUUCUCAUCGCUAAUCGCAGCUAGAAACUAUGUUAGGAAACAUCAACUUCGACCGUAUCUUCUCGUUCACGACGACGCAAUGGAGGACUUUAAGGAGCUGGAUGGACAAUCAAACGUAAACGCCGUUCUGGUUGGACUUGCUCCGGAAAAAUUUACCUACGACAAACUCAAUGAGGCUUUUCAGAUCCUCCUAAACGGUGGUCAGCUAAUCGCGAUUCACAAAGGUCGGUACUAUCGAGCUGAUGGUGGAUUGGCGCUGGGACCAGGUCCAUUCGUUGCGGGGUUAGAAUAUGCCACCGGAAUCCAGGCCGAAAUAGUCGGAAAGCCUAAUGAAUUGUUCUUCCGACAAGCGCUACAAGGCAUGGCAGAAAAUCCUAGCGAAGCAGUCAUGAUUGGCGAUGAUAUUAUGGACGAUAUUCAAGGGGCAAUGGAUGCAGGAAUAAACGCGAUUUUGGUAAAGACAGGUAAAUACUUGGCCGGCGACGAACGCAAGUCGCGGAAGCGGCCUACGGCUGCUGUAGAUGACUUCAAUCAGGCGGUGGAUUUCAUUAUACAGCACAAUCGGGAUGAAGGUACCCGUAAUACUAAGUAGCCACAAAAUAGCUAAUGUACAACGCAUACAUUGAAAAAUAUAAUAAACCCACCUCAUCGUAUGGGCAAUAUCUAUGUUUACCUACAUACUGGA